AUGUCAGCUGAAAAGGAUCAGUCAGCAGGGGCAUCACCUCCUUACUCUGCCACAGCUUCCCAGAGUUCCACGCAGACCUGGCCUUCAGAGGAAGAGGACUCCAAGGGACAGCUAGAGGCAGAGACUUUGCAGGAUGAAACUCUAUUUCCUGAAGAGGAAGAGUCUCUGGAGGAGGAAGAGUAUGUGGGGGAGGAAGAGUAUCUGGAGGAAGAAGAGUAUCAGGAGAUGGAAGAGUCUCUGGAGGAGGAAGAGUAUAUGGGGGAGGAAGAGUAUCUGGAAGAAGAAGAGAAUCUGUUUGAAAAGUAUCUGCAAGAGGGUGAGUAUCUGGAGGAUGGAGAGUACCUAGAGGAGAAAAAGUGUCUGAAAGAGAGUGUCUGGAUGAAGAAGAGUAUCUGGAAGGAGUUGAGAAUCCCAGCAAUGCUGGGGAUUUCAGAAGAAAGAGAUGCUGAUGAGCCAGGGAUGGGAGGAAACCACCUUCUCAUGCAGGAAGGUCCACGGUUUAUAACACUGAAUCGGCAACUGGUUGGGGUGGGGGCUUUAUCCUGUGUCCCAGGACCAGUUGCCUCCAGUCUCCGCUGUGCUUGUAACAUGCAGCGUCACUUUCUGUUCAUGUCCGUCCCCAAGAAGGGCUGCGGCCCCCACUUCUGCUCUGCACUGGCCAUUCUGUCCACACUUCUCACCUCCAGUGCCUCUGACAGGGCCCAUGGAAAGAGUGAGUAUCAGAGGCUCUGGGGCCUUCCUGGUGUCCACAUGCUCUUCGGCUUGGGUCCCCAAGGGCCAGAUCUGGACUCAGAGUGCUCAGAGAUGCCCUGGAUUUUCCUCGUACAAAAAAACCAAGAGUCUGACUCCUCCACAAAGUCCUUUAGCAGCCCAGACGCCGGCCCCUCUCAGGCGACUACCUUCUCUGAAUUGCCGGUGAUGUCCGCUAUCCCUCCUCCUGUCUCCGAAUCGCCCAGCGACUCUUCUGACUCUGGUGUGAUGCUUCCUACAUCCUACAUGAGAAGCCAGGCCAGUCAGACAAAAUGGAACUAUGAGGGAAAUUUGGCAACAUCUUUAUCGAAAUCAAAAACAGAGCAAGAAACCGCAGCGCUAACCAUCACGAAGUCUGAUUUGAAAGCAUAUGAUGCCACUGGAGUGCAGCAAGAGGAAGAAAAUGCCAUGGAGUAUGUUUCUAAGGACUUUUGGGAUGAGUCUGGUGACAAGCUGGAAGAAGAGGAUUUGGAUGACAAUUUUCUCAGCAGCUCGUAUCAGACAGUGUUUAAGGCAAUAAUCAGAGAACUGGCUGCUCACAAUGAACUGGAAGAGGAGUUCGACAUCUCUCUGGAGAUGCUACUGGAAAGUAAAAACAGAAUGAAACUGGGAGCUCUGCUGAAGAAAGAUUAUGGAAAAUUCAAGGAAACCAUCUUAUGGAUCAUGAGGAGGCGUGAAAUUCAAAAGUUGGCAGGUAUGACUACUUUAACGUUUCAUUUAUUAACUGAACCACCAACAAUUGAGGAGCCCAAGACAGAAGAAAUCAAAAAGCCUCGGCGUACUGUUCGUCGUCGGAAGAAAUUAGAACUAGAUACACAAUGGAUGAAGACAAGGCCAAAGGUGCAUCGAGAUGAUGGAAAAUUAAUUUUCUACCCCAGCAAGAACGUCUUUCAAAUUCUCUUUCCUGAUAGGACAGGCCAGAUACAUUAUCCUUCAGGAAACCUGGCAGUGCUCAUCUCCUGUACGAAUGUGAGAAAGUUCACAUACAUUAUUCUGGAAGACUGUACCAAAGGGUGGGUCCGGGCCCUUAUCAACAACUCUGGCCAUGCCACCUUCUAUGAUGAAAAUGGAGAUUUUUGGUUAAGCCUGAGCUUCAACCUGGGUUUCUACUUCGCCAAAGGCCAGCGCCCGAAGGCCUGGAACUGGUGGGAUCUGAGCAUACAUGUCCACGCGCCCCCUGUUCAGCCCAUCUCCUUGAAAAUCAACCGGUACAUUCAGGUGCAAAUAAGGAGCCAGGAUAAGAUCAUCUUCUGCUUCACCCACAAAAAGAAGCGAAUUUGUUUGAACCUGGGUACCAGGUACAAGUUUAUAAGGCCGGAAGUGCUGAGUAAAAUGAAGAACAAAGCAAUCCUGGAGGUGGAACCUGGCCCAACGGCUCAGAAGAUCCAGAUCCUUCUGGGGAAAAUGAGUAGGAUUCUGAAUUUCUUGACUGUCCCUGAUUUAGAGAACUUCACAGAGGCCAUCAAGAUAUUUCUAAAGGACAACAUGUUACUGAAAAAGAGGCGAUCGCUUUAG